GUGGAACUGGGAACAUUCGCCUCUGCUGCUCGGAGUGGUCCAGAAACCGGACGUGCAAGGCUACAGGGCGGCUAUUAGGUAGAGCCAAGGAAGAACGCCACACAGCCACACCUGAAAUAGCCCGCUGCUCUCACAGGAGACGCUUGUUUGACUAGCAGCAAUAAGAAGAAGCAACUUCGAGAUUUUUUUUCUGCUUCAUGUGUUCAUUUCUUGUUGCUUAGCUAGUGACGUGGUUCCUCCCAGGUCGCUGCGAGGUGCAAUCAUUCGCAACUGGACGGUGUCAAAAUCACCUCGUCGCACAGCUGGAAAAGUUAUACGUGAGCAGACCCCCGGGUGUAGUGACAGAAGAUGCUUCCUGCGCUGAUCUGUGCCCUGGUCUCUCUGAGCUUGGCCGACAACUUUGACACGGCAUACCCUGAACUGGAGCACUACAGAACCAUCUAUGUACAAGAGAAUGGACCUCAGCUCUCUGUGGUGACGGAGCAGUCCAAGAUGGUGUCGAGGCGGGGGGGUAAUGCCACCCUGCCCUGUAAAUUCCACAGGGAUGCGUCACUGCCGGCCAACCCCAAACUGAGGAUCAAAUGGACUAAGCUGACCUCAGACUACCUCAAAGAGGUGGAUGUCUUCGUUGCCAUGGGUUUCCACAAGCGGAGCUACGGACGUUUCCACGGGCGCGUCUACCUACGGGACUCGGCCCCCACAGAUGCGUCGUUGGUCAUCACAGAACUCACACUGGAGGAUUAUGGGAGAUAUAAGUGUGAGGUCAUCGACGGGUUGGAAGACGGAACAGGCGUGGUGUCCCUGGACCUGCAAGGUAUCGUCUACCCCUACUUCCCUCGGCUGGGUCGUUACAACCUGAACUUCUUUGAUGCCGAGCGGGCGUGUCGCGAGCAGGACUCCAUCGUGGCGUCGUUUGACCAGCUGUACGAGGCGUGGCGUGGGGGUUUAGACUGGUGCAACGCUGGGUGGCUGAGUGACGGAUCCGUCCAGUACCCCAUCACCACCCCCAGGGAGCCCUGUGGGGGCAAGAACACUGUCCCCGGGGUACGCAACUACGGCCUCAGAGACAAGGAGAAGAACAGAUACGACGUGUUCUGUUUCACCUCCAACUACAAAGGGCGGUUCUACUACCUGAUCCACCCCUCCAAGCUUACAUAUGACGAGGCUGUGGUUGCGUGUCAAAAGGACGGAGCUCAGAUUGCCAAGGUGGGCCAGAUGUAUGCCGCCUGGAAGCUAUUGGGCUACGACCGCUGUGACGCCGGCUGGUUGGCUGACGGGAGCGUCCGUUACCCCAUCACCCGCCCCCGUAGGCGCUGCAGCCCAACGGAAGCUGCCGUGAGGUUCAACGGCUACCCCGACAAGAAACACAAGCUGUACGGAGUCUACUGCUUCAAGGGCCACAACUGAGAACCCCAAUACGCUCACACACACACACACUCACACACACACACACACACACACACACACACACACACACACACACACACACAC